UCAACUUAUAAAGAACGGUGGCUGUUGAAAUGGGGUGGGUUGGAGUCCAGUGCUACUUGCUUGCUACCAUUUUAAAGUUGAGGAGUGACAAGUCGUGGUUAGCAUCUCAAAGAAAAGGUCAUCUUUCCUAUAGUGUACACAUUAGACAAAUUGCAUCAAGAAUUUUAAAAAAUAAUUAUUAUUAUUAUAAAAUUGUUUAGAACAUGUUGUUAUGGGCAAUUGGCAGUCAAUAGAAAUUUGUUUUUGGUCUCUUUAUCUGUUUGUCCUGAAUAUGAAUAUAAAAUAACUUAAACAAACAAGAAGCAGCAUUGAAAAUUUCAGCCUUUUUCUAUAAGCGAAAAAAAGGAAAGAAAAAAUUCCAUUGAAAUCUCUAACAUUUACAACCUAAAUUUUUAUGUAAGAGAAAACGGUAGGAAAUAUGGUCGGACUUACUCGGUCAAAGACUAAAAGUCUAGUACUUUUAGAACACGACAAUGAAUAUGGCUAUAGUUUGAAACCGCAUCCCCCCACUUUCCGGUUCUCUUCCUUUGUCUGAUAAUUUCACAUUUCUCUCUCUUGCAUGAUGAAGAAGCAAAGUCAAAAUCUUUUUAGACGAUUGGAUUGAGAGUUGAGACAUAUAACUUGGUCUAAGCCAUGGUAUAUGUAUCAUCUGCCCAAUUUAAGUGCAGGCGAAGAAAUCUAAAAGCAAAAAGCAUCAAAAUUGAAGAAUCUUGAUAGAUUGCUAUUCUUGUCAUUUCUCAAACUUUGUUAUGGAUAGAGUAUAUGGUGCAGAAUUUAGGUGAUUUAAGUAUACCAAUAAUCAAAUUGCUACCAAAUGCACGGAAAAAUCAAAGCCCAUGUUCCAGUCAAAACCAUUGAAAAAGAUGGCCAAAAUGCGGCAGAUUAUAUUCAAUUGUGAAUUAAGUCCUAGCUCCUAAUAGUCUAGAGUCAUCAGUCCAAAACUCUCUGCUUCUCGUGCUUUUGACGCUGUUGCACUUGCCGAUUUGCCGGCUCGAGCCAACUUCUAAGGUAGCCCCCCAAAGAUGACAUCUCCAUUUCUCUUUUUAUAGCCUCUCCAUUUUUGUUCUCCUCCCCAACCCCAUCUCCCUUCCCAGAUUGUAAACAUGAUCCUGAUACUGUUUACAAUCCUGGGCUUGUUUUUGAUCCUCCGAUUUUUAUCGAAAACAUCCUUCUUACAUAUCCUUCUGAAGCUUUUGCGGUCUUUGGAAGACUGGUUUCAUGUCUACCAAUCCUACAGAGUUCCACAGUUUAACGAUCUUUUCCAGGAAAACGAGUUCUAUCACAAGGUUUCUACGUAUCUGAACUCUCUCCCUUCCCUGGAAGACUCGGAUUUCACCAACCUUUUUACUGGUUCCAAGUCCAAUGAUAUUGUUCUUCACCUUGACACCAACCAGACAAUUCGGGAUACGUUUCUCGGUGCCAGAGUCACCUGGACAAUCGAGAAAUCUGAAAAAAGUGGAAGGAGAGUGCUCGUGUUGAGGCUCAGAAAGAAUGAUAAACGCAGAAUUCUACGUCCGUACCUCCAACACAUACUGUCUAUUGCUGAUGAUAUUGAUCAAAGGAAGAAAGAGAUCAAGUUGCGCAUGAACGUUGAAAACUCAUCAAGUGAGAAUGGACGGUGGAUAUCGGUCGCGUUCAAUCAUCCAGCGUCUUUUGAUACUCUUGUCAUGGACGUUGAUUUGAAGAAUAGGAUCAAAGCUGAUCUUGAAAUGUUUCUCAAGUCCAAGCAAUUUUAUCAUAGGCUAGGCCGUGUCUGGAAGCGGAGUUAUCUUCUAUAUGGAGCUUCAGGAACGGGAAAAUCCAGCUUUGUUGCGGCUAUGGCUAGGUUUCUGCACUUUGACCUGUAUGACAUUGAUUUGUCGAAAGUUUCAGAUGAUUCUGAUUUGAAGAUGCUCUUGCUGCAAACUACCAGUGGGUCUGUAAUCGCGGUUGAGGAUCUUGAUCGUUUCUUAAUGGAGAAAUCAAGCGAUGUGAGCUUGUCAGGGAUAUUGAAUUUCAUGGAUGGAAUCAUAUCUUGCUGUGGCGAGGAACGGGUGAUGGUAUUCACAAUGAACUGCAAAGAUCAGGUUGAUCAAGCGGUUUUGAGGCCGGGAAGGAUCGAUGUUCAUAUACAAUUUCCACUAUGUGAUUUCUCUGCUUUCAAGACUUUGGCUAAUAGUUACUUAGGUGUCAAGGAACAUAAGCUUUUUCCACAGGUCGAGGAGAUUUUCCAGGGAGGGGCUAGUUUAAGUCCGGCUGAGAUUGGUGAGAUUAUGAUUUCUAACAGAAGCUCGCCAACUCGAGCCUUGAAAUCAGUCAUCACAGCUUUGCAAACCACUGGCACUAAUGUAAAAAGUGUUAGUAAGAGAUUGAGUGACACUGAAUUGGUUCGAAAUUCAAAUUCAGACGAAAAGGGUGAUCAAGGAAUCCUGUUCAGUAGGGAUCAUUCGGUCAGAGAGUUUCGAAAGUUAUAUGGACUUUUAAAGAUGGGGAGUAGAAGAAAAGAGGAGCCAUUAGAUUUAGGUUCAUUUGACAAAGAAGGUUCAAGACAUGAAGCUUAAAACUUGUAACAAAGAGAAUUUUGAAUGAAUUAAAAAAAAAUAAUUUUUUUAUUUGUGAUACUCCAAUUUGAGAGAUUGCUUUUUAGAUACCCAUUACUGAGAAAAAGAGAUUUCAAUUUUUUGUAAAAGAAAAAUAUAGUUUUAGAGUGCCACUUGCCAGGAGAUCAUGAUUUUUCCCCAUGCCUCUGUUUUUCCCCAAGCUGAAUCCAUUUCUAGCCAGAGCUGACUUCUUGAAUACUUCAAUAAUUUCCUAUGCUCCAUUAUUGCAACGCAUGUUUCCACCAGAACA